AUGCCUGAGGACAUCAACUACAGGCCCAGGAAGAAAGAGCACCUGCCUUCCAAGUGUUUCACAUGGCACAACAGGCUGAACAGCCAGCGCUGGGUGUUUCUGAGCGAGGGGCUGGAGGACUUCAAGAAAGUUUGUCCACCACACCGAGGUCUGACCACCACUCAGGGCCCCAGGGAAGGCUUUCUGCCCUGGAUUCAUCACCGAACCCCCAAACCAACCCCCAAGAAAAGGCAAUAUGAGUGGCCCACCAAAGCAGCCCUGUACUCCAAGGUGGCACUGGCCCCUCAGUCGCAGAAGACACUCAUAGAGAACAGGGAAAGCCACCAAGCCACACAUCCCCUGGCUCUCUACCCACACCUGGAGGAAGCUCUGCCUGCAGAGCUCUUAUUAAAGGUGCUGGAAGUGCUUGAUCCUGAGAGGAAGCUGCAGGAAACCUGGGCUUAUUGUCAGGAUGCCAGGGAAAGGAUGGAGGAACCCACAAAACUCUUUUUAAAACCUUCUACCCAAAUGGACCCAGCACUUUCCAACAAGGCUCCCGUGUUGCUUCCAGGACAGUGGCUUUAUAAAGAAAAGCCACAUGAAAUGGAUUUGGUCCAUGAAGACGGUCCUCGUGUUCACAAAAACGUCCUCAGAGGCGUCAGAGACUUCUGCAACUGGACUACAACUUUGGGAAUUCCGGACAUCCAUGAAGAGUUCAUCCUGCAACAAUUUGAACUUAAGAGCAAACAGAGCUGCGAUGUGCUCCACACGACCAGGCUAAACCAGGUUCCUCUGGAGCCAAAGAAGUACAAGAACCUGCAGGACACAGGAUUCUUCCAGAAACCAGAUCAGAAGAGGAAAUUCCAGAAACCCCAGAAAUCUCCUAAAGCAAAGUGGGUGAAGAUGCGCUAUGGAGCCUGGUACCUGCACACCAACUUGUGGAAAAAGCUAAGAGCUGAUGAACCCUUGCUGGACCCCAAGGUCUACUGUAAGGCACAAGAUGAGCGGCUGAGAAGGGACCUUGAGCAGCAGGAAGAGUUACUGGCACAACUUCAUGCAAGCAUUGCCUUUAAGAAUUUCAUCCUAAGCAGAGGCUACAGGAUGCCCAGGUUCCUUGAGAAGAUAUACGUUGGAAAGCAAGGCAAAUCUGAACUCGAUAAGACUCCUCCUAAACUCACUUUGCGCAUAGAAGAAUGUUGGGCAGAUGAUGAGGCAUGUGUUAUUGAUUAUUGA